CGACGGCCCCGCGCCCCGCCGGCCCCAUGCGCGGCGGCCGCUGCUCCCGCUGGCGACGGCGGGCCGCCUCUGCAUGGCCCCGGCUGUGGACAUGACCACCGCGCCCACCGGCGUCCGCAGCGACGAGCCGCCCGCCUCCGCCUUCAGCAAGCCCGGCGGCGGCGGCGGCGUCCCCGUCCCGGCCGGCGCGGCGGCGGCGGCGGCGGCGGCGGGGAUGGGCGGGGAGGAGGAGGGCGACAAGCCCAAGGUGUCCCCGUCCCUGCUGCCGUUCAGCGUGGAGGCGCUCAUGGCCGACCGCAGGAAGCCGGGCGGCAGGGAGGCCCCGGCCGGCAGCCCCGAGGGCGCCGCGCCGCCGCUGGGCGCGGGGGCGGCCGCCCGCGCCAGCCUCAGCCCCCGCCUGGGCGCCCUGACGGCGGAGGCGCCGGCCUCCCCGCUGCCCCUCGGCGGCCACUUCUCCGUCGGGGGGCUGGUGAAGCUGCCCGAAGACGCACUUGUCAAGGCGGAGAGCCCCGAGAAGCAGGAGCGGAGCCCCUGGAUGCAGAGCCCCCGCUUCUCGCCGCCCCCGCCGAGGCGCCUGAGCCCCCCGGCCUGCACCCUGCGCAAGCACAAGACCAACAGGAAGCCGCGGACGCCCUUCACGACGGCGCAGCUGCUGGCGCUGGAGCGCAAGUUUCGGCAGAAGCAGUACCUGUCCAUCGCCGAGCGCGCCGAGUUCUCCAGCUCGCUCAGCCUCACCGAGACGCAGGUGAAGAUCUGGUUCCAGAACCGCCGCGCCAAGGCCAAGCGGCUGCAGGAGGCCGAGCUGGAGAAGCUGAAGAUGGCAGCCAAGCCGCUGCUGCCGCCCGCCGCCUUCGGCAUCUCCUUCCCGCUGGGCGGCCCGGCCGUGGCCGGCGCCUCGCUCUACGGCGCCUCCAGCCCCUUCCAGCGCGCCGGGCUGCCCGUGGCCCCCGUGGGGCUGUACACGGCGCACGUGGGAUACAGCAUGUACCACCUCACAUAGGGCCCGCCCGGCCCGGCCCCGUGCGCGCCCCCGCCCCGCGGCGCGGCCCCUCCGGCCCCCGGAGCUGCGGGAAGCCCCCGGGCUCUGCCGCCCGAGGGGGCUGCAGGACAGGACGUUUCUCUCGCCUCCCCCGCGGCGGAAGCGCGGA